AUUUUAUAGCGAAGCACAAAACGCAAUGAUACUCUCUUCCUCUUCCCUUAUCACUUCAUCCAUUACUCCACCACAAAACCACCAAUCUCUGAAUCUUCUUUCAAAAUGCAAGAACAUGGAAGAAUUCAAACAAAUUCAUGCUCAAAUGAUAAAAAACGGCCUCCACAAGUCCCAGUUUGCCUUAAGCAAGAUUCUCCAUUUUUGUGCUAUCAACAGUUAUGGCGACCUUUCAUACGCCCUUUCAGUAUUUGACACCAUUGAAGACCAGCCUGAUCCGAUCAUAUGGAACACAAUUAUAAGAGAAUCGACGGGAUAAACGAAGGGAAACAGAUUCAUGGACAUGUUUUGAAGCUUGGACUUAGUUACGAUGUGUUCAUCCACACCUCUUUGAUUAAUUUCUAUUCUCAAAGUGGAGAAUUGGAUGAUGCCAGAUUAGUGUUCGAUAAAAGUCCUCUGAGAGACCCUGUUUCCUUCACAGCAUUAAUCACAGGGUACAUAAGUCGAGAGCGUUUCAAAGACGCUCGUAAACUGUUCGAUGAAAUGCCUCUUAGAGAUGUAGUGUCAUGGAACUCUAUCAUAGCUGGUCAUACUAAAAUCCAACGCUUCCAAGAGGCAAUAGAUCUGUUCAAAGAGAUGCAAAUCGCCAAAAUCAAACCCAAUGAGAGCACACUAGUGACAGUUCUUUCUGCUUGUGCUCAAUCAGGUUGUCUUACAACAGGUGGGUAUGCACAUACACACCAUUAUAAAGAAUCCAUGGACCUCUUUAGAAUCAUGUUGCAAUCAAACCAUAAACCUAAUGAAGUCACAUUGUUGAUGAUUCUUCCCACUUGUGCUCACAUGGGUGCACUUGAUCUUGGCAAAUGGAUCCAUGCUUAUAUCAACAAGAACAUUCCAGAAUCUUCUAACCCUUCUCUUUCCACUAGUCUAAUCGAUAUGUAUGCUAAAUGUGGAGACAUUGAAGCUGCAAAAUCAGUCUUUGAGAGUUUAAAACACAAAAGUUUAGCUUCAUGGAACGCGAUGAUUUCAGGGUUAGCCAUGCAUAGACAAGCCCACAAAGCCAUUGAACUUUUCAAGAAAAUGGUAAAUGACGGUUUCACCCCCGAUGACAUAACUUUUGUUGGUGUUCUAUCCGCAUGUAGCCAUGGCGGACUAGUCAACUCAGGUCGCCACCUUUUUCACUCCAUGAUCCAAGAUUUCAAGAUUUUACCCAAACUACAACACUACGGAUGCAUGAUUGAUCUUUUAGGUAGAGCUGGUUUGUUUGAAGAAGCCAUGGAUAUGAUCAAGAAAAUGGAAGUGAACCCAGAUGGUGCGAUUUGGGGUUCACUUCUCGGGGCGUGUACAUUUUACCAAAAUACCCUUUUGGGUGAAUUCUUUUUCAAGAAAGUUGUAGAAUUGGACCCCGAAAGUUCGGGUGCUCAUGUGAUGUUAUCAAAUCUUUAUGCUGCAAAUGGACAAUGGGAUGAUGUGGCAAGAAUAAGAACUAAAUUUAAAGAUGAUGGAUCAAAGAAAAUUCCUGGGUGUACUUCGAUUGAAAUAGAUGGUAUUGUUCAUGAGUUUCUUGCAAGUGAUAGAACACAUCCCAUGAGUGAUCAAAUCUAUGCAAUGUUGGAAGAAACUAAUCGGGUUCUUGAAAAGAGUGGAUAUGUUUUGGAUACAUCUUUAGUGCUUUAUGACAUGGAUGAUGAAUGGAAGGAAGGGCAAUUAUGUCAACAUAGUGAGAGAUUAGCAAUUGCUUUUGGGUUGAUUAGUACUAAGCCAGGGACAACGAUUAGGAUAAUGAAGAAUUUGCGUGUUUGUAGUAAUUGUCAUUCAGCUACGAAGUUGAUUUCCAAGAUUUUUGAGAGGGAGAUUAUUGCUAGGGAUAGGAAUAGGUUUCAUCAUUUCAAAAAUGGGAUUUGUACUUGUAUGGAUCAAUGGGACAUCACUGCUGUAGAGAUAACCAUGCCAAAGAAGAGACGAGAUCACUCAGCCUCCACCGAUAAGUCCCGGCGUUCUCCAUACAAAUGCAACACCAAAAACAAAAACCCAUCAGAAAAAGAUCAAAAUCUAAAAGAAUGGGAAGAAGCUAAAUGCCCUGUAUGUAUGGAACACCCUCACAACGCCAUCCUUCUCUUAUGCUCUUCACACAGCAACAAUUGUCGCCCUUACAUGUGUGAUACAAGCCGCCGCCACUCCAAUUGCUUCAACCAGUUCCGCAAGUCCUUUGUAACUCCUGCCACCACAUCGGAGCCACCGUCCACCGCCACAUUCCAGGAGUCAAAAAUGGUAUGUCCGCUCUGUCGGGGGCAGGUAAAAGGGUGGGUGGUGGUGGAAGCCGCCCGUGAAUUCAUGAACGCGAAAUCAAGAAGCUGCUCAAGUGGAACGUGUGAGUUUUCCGGGACGUAUUCGGAUCUAAGGAGGCACGCGAGGGUUGUGCACCCUCUGGUAAGACCAUCGGAGGCGGAUCCUGGGCGGCAGCAGGACUGGCGGCGGCUGGAAAGCGAGAGGAAUCUUGGGGAUUUGUUGAGAAACAUUACCCGUUUCAAUUUAGAAAAUGGUAACCUCAAAGCUUUAGUUUUGUCUAGCAAUUCUUUCACUGGUGGGUUCCCGGAGAAACUGUGCUCGAGGGACUCGAAUUUACGCCAUUUGUUUAUCUCCAGCAACCGUCUUUCCGGCGAUUUCCCUUUUCUGGUGCUAAUCUGUUCUUCAAUCGAAGUGGUGGGCAUUUCUGGUAAUAACUUUGGAAACGAAAUACCAUCUGGGAUUCACUAUCUAAAGAACCUCAUUGAUCUUUUACUCAACAAUAAUAGUUUUUCCGGUAGUUUACCUUCUGAAAUCGGAAACUUGAGUAAUCUGGUGAAUCUUUAUCUAUUUGGGAACAUGAUUAUAGGUCCUCUUCUUGAAACAUUCUCUCAUUUGAAGAAUCUCACCAUUGUUAAUAUUUCUCAAAAUCGAUUCUCGGGUUCGAUUUCGCCUCUUAUGGGGUCCGAUUUGUUGUUGUUGUUCGAUUCGACUAAUAACAGUUUCUCCGGGUUUAUUCCUUCAAAAUUAGCGAGGUUGACCAGGCUUUCCGGUGGGAUGCCAGAAGAGAUUGAGAAUCUAACUGGCUUGAAUGUUCCGAAGUUUUUCAAAGAAACAAUCUCUCCGGGGAAAUUCCUUGAACACUUGGCGAGUGUAAGAAACUGUUCGAGCUUAGGCUAUCAAAGAACUUGUUCACAGAGAGCAAUCAGAGAAGAGAUCAUGGGAAAUGAGAUUUUGAAGUUAAGGGAAAGCAAAAGAGAGAUGGAGAUGGGGUAA